GCACACUGUACAUAGAAUUUAUUUGUUUGCCUCAUACAUUUAAAAAUCAGAAUAGUGCAAUUACCUACAAAUAAAUUCAAUCUUCUCAUUCACGGAGUUGCAAAGUUUAAAGAGAAACUUUAAAUUGCUUUGGGUUUACAUUUUUGAAGACACGCUCAGAUUUACUAAGAGAGCAUAUCAGAAACCAGAUCUAAAAUGUUAAGGCAUAAACUUUAAUUAUCAAGUCUACUUCUGCCCCUACAAAGCCAGUUCUGCAGAUCGCUCAUUCCACUCCAACCUACAGCUAAAGAAUGAAGUAAAACAGGUACACACUAAAUCUGGCAUUUAACUGCUGAAAGAAGCGUUAGAAUUCUUUAGGGUGAAAAAGUUAUCUUACACAAUUCCACUCCUUCCUUCAAGAAAAGGAAUCCAAUGGCUUAGCUCUUCCCCCACCUUUAAAAAAGAUCGCGGUCCACCCCACUCCCCUCAAUUCCUUCUUCCAGGAAAAUGUGAAACUAACGGUUUCCGUGCUGGCCGCGCCGGCCGGGCGCCGAGGUUUCGCGGGCUGUCCCCAGGCAGCGCCAGGGAAAACAAAGGGGAUUCCCAGCCAUUGUCCUCCGCGGCGCUGAGCAUCACCAGCACUAGCAAGGCAGUAGCUUGCGCAGUUAUCUCCACAGCGGGCAAUGUCACAACCCGACCAACAGCACAAACUACUACCUCAGCCAGGGCCAUGGUGUAGGGGAGGCACGGGACCACGCGGAGGGCAGCAAAGCGGCUCCGGCGCUUCUCCGUCCUUCCUCGCCGCCGACGUCGGCCCGCCGUCCCUUCUUUUCCUUUCCCUUCCCCGCCGCGCCGCGCCGCGCCCGAAGACCCCGCCCAGCACCCAGCGCCUCGGCUGCUCCCGGCGCGCCCCGAGAGCUACGGGGAUCAGAGGCGGCGCCGGCGCCCGGGUGUUACAGCCGGCGUUCUCUACGUCAGCCACCGCUCUGAAGAAAAGCGCCGGUGUCCUGCGAGGAAAGCCGCUCCCUCCACUGCCCGAGGGGAGCGCGUUGCCUCACCGCUCGAAAAAAGGAAAUGGGCGGCAAAAGCGCAGUCAGACACCAACUGGUUCUGGACGGCCCCCGAGAGGCAGCGAGCAGCGCUCCAGCGCUUCGCCCGCUAGCAGCUGCCGCCACGUCCCGAGCUGCGCCGUUCGCGCCCCUCCCUGCUCAGAGCCCCCGGUGGGGGCCGGGCUGCGGCCGAGUCGGCACCCGGGUCCCCACCCGCGCCGCGCUGCCGCACCCGCCGUCGGCCCGCUCUCGGCGCCGACAAUCGCCGGGGCGCAUCCUGCAGAGGCGGCCGCCGGCUCCGCCAAACAGCAGCCAAGGCAUAGCCGGGAAGUCCCCAGGCCACCCGUUCCCCAGCACCCUUCGGGGAAAUCCCGUUCAGUUCUGCAGGAGGCAAAAACGGAACAAACGAAAACCCCUUAACAGUGAAACCGGGCCAGCCGAUGGCCCGGGUGGCGACGGCGACGACUCGACGCGUGCGGACACGAGACCCGUCUCGCGCUCCGCUGCUCCUGUGCGUCCGGACGAACCUUAGAGAUCACUUAAGGAGCCUCGCGCGCUACUCCUCACCACGUGACCGCCCCACCAGGCGGCCCCCCGCGCCGCCAUCUUACAUCCGGGAUAGAGGCGGCGUCCCUUUUCCCCGCCUUGGCAAGCUUCGACGUGCCACCAGAAAUCAGCCCCGAAAGAGGGGACCCCGAUUCCACGUCACCGGAGUGCUGAGGCAACGGGCGAUGCCCUCCGUCAGCUCAGCGGGGAAAAGUGGAGUCCCAAACUUUUUCCGGCCUUUGCCCGCAAAGAAGAUGGCGGCGCAUACCGCCGCCUAAGCGGACACGUUGUACCCUGGCCGUGGUUUGAAGUUUCCGGCACCUCCUUUCCCAUCCAGCAAGGACACAAUCAUACGAGCCCCACCCACGGGGGGUGGUUGCUGAGCUACAUUCCGCAGAAAACAGGCGGGAAGGCUGCGGCACAGCUCGCUUUAAACGCAAGCUUCUGGGACUCGUGGUUUUGGCUUUUUCUUUUUAAACCAAGUUAGGGAGAAGGCUGACUGCCAUGGAGCCACUUCUACUUUUGGCCCAGACAACUUACGGGUUUGUUUUUUUUUUCCUCCCAUUUAGAGAUUUUUUGUAGGAAGUUAACAAAUUGUUUUAAAGAAAAAGUUAGGGCUUGUCAGAUAAAAUACAGGACGCCCAGUUGAAUUGGAAUUUCAGAUAACCAGUGUUUUGGCAUAUGUGUGUUACAUAUAUAUUUUAAAUUGUUUAUCUGAUAUUCCAGUUUAACUCUGCAUUCUCAAUUUUUAAUGACUGAUCCGGUAGCCCUAUCAGCCUUACCCCUGAAAAUCCAUACUCAUGACAAAAGUAAGGAAUGGAGGGAAAUGAAAAGCAUGUUUAGCUACAACCUAGAAUUGUCUUCGCCCAGACUUUGAUCCUUCAUAUCCUUGUAUAAUUUCCUUUCUGCCAAAAUAAGAUUUUUUUUCUUAAGCUAUUACGAUGUAAUGUUGGACAACAGAUCCUCCUGACCAAGAGGUUUAAUUGCAAAUUAAAAAAUAACUGGCUUUUUGUUUCUAUUCUACAUGGUAUAGGCGAUGGGACCCAAACAAUUUCUUAAAGUACAAGUUUUCAAGUUAAAAAUCAGCCUGCCUGACAUAUUUCAUAACAUUUUUACGUGCAUAUUCAGAAACUUUCCAAUUAAGAAUAUUUGUGUAAACAUAAUACAUUUGCAAUUAAAUGCUUUACUUGACAAACCAUAAACUCAUCUAUCAAUCACUAAGCAUAAACUCAAUCAAAUCAUAAACUCAAAGCAUAAACUCACCUAUCAAUCACUUACCAGAAAGUCUGUAGAAACUUCACACCAUCCUUCCUUGAUAAGCAAAGAUUGGACUGCCAUGGGGAUCAACCCUCACUGCUCAUUCACUGCACAGUGGAUCAGAUUAUUCUGCA